AUGGGCCAGGCCGGUCCACAAUGGAGCCUUUAUCCGUUACUCGCCAUUGUUGCUUUGUGUGAAUUUUCAUGUGGUGUUCUUCAUUUACUGCUUUGUCUUCCCUUGUACUUCUUAUGCCUGCCAAUAUUAAACGGUGUUUUUGGCCUAAUAACAUCAUUUCAUGGAAUUUUUCUACGAUACCCUAACAGAUGUGAUUUCUAUCUACAGUCUACAUGUACUUUCAUUUCAUUUUGGUUCUUUUUUUCUUCAUUAAUGGAAACAUUUUGUCUGGCAGACUUUAACGAAGCGAAUAUAAAGAAUGGAAUUUGCUAUGGUUUGAAAUACCGUACGAUGGAUAAGGCGGCAUCAUGUAUGGAUUUCCUCACUCCAAUGCAAAUGUCAUUCUUAUUAAAAAUCGGCUGGGAUGAAAAGGACCGCGAAUCGAUUCGUUUUUUCGUCACGGCGUCGUUGUCCGUAUUGUCGGCAAUUCAUUUCUUCUGCACGACAAUGUUAAUGGUUUAUAGCGCCAUAGAAACCAAAAUCCGUCUCUAUUCUUAUCACUAUCAACUGGUCGUCGGUACACUGGUGACGUUUACUGGACAUUUCAGAUUUUGCUGCACUUUCUUCUUCCUUGGGCUUCCAUUUGCUAUUGGUGUGUAUUCAGUCAUACAAGGUGUGGUUUCGUGGCGCACGAGAUGUCACGGCUCCGUGGCUCGAGCGAUGAAUGUUGUCGGCGUGGCGCUGGCGUUACUCAUGCUAGCGUCUACCGUUUUUGGAAUUUUCUGUUGGUCACAUAGGAACAGCAUACCAAAAUCGUUAACGCGACAUUGUCAUUGGUUCCCGAAAACGGAGGCAUAUUGCAUACGACUGAUUCAUUUCUCUCACCCCUACGUUGACUGGAUGCAAAAUGAAACCGAACGUGAAAUAGCAGUUCUACAGAUGGUCACCUACUUAUUUCUGUUCGUGUUUUCAUUUCUACAAUUUGUUUUCUCGAUGAAGUCCGCCUUCACAACAAGGCUGUCAGUGCUCUACUACUGA